UGAUGCCCUUUACAUCACCCGGCGCUAUUCAAAUAGGCGGUCGAGAUUCACUGAGCAUGCUGCUUUCAAGGCGAAGGGCUGCCUACAAAGUCGGCGCAUCUACUAGAACCUGUGCAAUACCAUACACACCUGCGAGUGCCACCACCAUACGCACCACCAAUUUCUUCUAACAAAAUCCCACUCUUAAAAAAAGCAUUCCUAGCAGGAAAUUAACUAGCAAGAUGAUACGAAGCACUUCCAUCCGUCCUACGGCUCCCAAAACUCCCUAUUUCCAGCUACGGCUCGGUCAUGUCGAGCACUUCAUCCACCCAGGUCGCGGACAACUUCCGGUCUUCAUCCCCGCUGCGACCUUCGAUUUCAACAGAGACGCGCUGAUCAAGCACUCCCGUUCCUUUGCCAAGCACCUCCGGGACCCCGAAAAGAAUGACGAGGAGCUCGACAUACUCGGCGACGAAGACGUCCCCGCCUACACCGUCUUCCACUUCUUCGUCCGCGAGAACCGCAUCAGGGAAGCGGACGGCACGAAAUUCGAAUGGAACACCGCCGAAGACCUCGUCGAGGCAUACCUCCUCGGCGAGCGCAUCGGCGCAUCCCGCUUCAUGGACCACAUCAUGGACGAGCUGCUCCGCAAGCUCAAGCCGCACGCCCCGCCGGGGCAGGCGCUCGUCAACGCAGUGUGGCGCCUCGCGAAGCCGAAUUCUCUGCUGCGGAAGCUGUUUGUGGAGGUUUGCGGGAGUGGGAAUGUGGACUGCUGCCGCAUCGAGAACUCGGAUGACUAUCCGAACAGCUUCUUGCGACGUGUUCAGCAGUGCUACCUGGAGCUGGGAAAGGAUCGGCAGGCGACGGGAAUACCGCGGUUUGGGAAUCUGCCGACGAAGGUGGCGGAGUUGGGGAGCUGCUGGUAUCAUGACCAUGCGGUGAGGGGGUUGGAGUGCUAUCGAGAGGUCACGCACGUGGCGGAGCAAGUGGCUAAUUCGAAGCGUAAGCGGUCGCCGUUGGCCGAAGAGGUGGACGCAGGAGCUGAGGAACCAAAGGCUCGGAAGCAGAAGCGCAAACAUCCACUAGCCCAAGAGUACCGCCCGGAAGUGGAAGAGGCCCAAGUUCAGAAGCGCCAGCGCUUUGUCAAGGCGAAACCGAAGGGAAGGUUGGGCAUCCGAACUCGUCUGAGUGCCAUUCACAAGGUGAGCAACGAUGACGGUCUGCUUUUAGCAGCUCGGAGAGUUGCUCCGGCCCGCGUCACUCACGAAGACGUUGCGUCCGACGAUGACAAGGAGAAUGAGCCGCUGCCACCUCCUAGUGAUCAGGUAGAGCAAGUUGGUGAUGGCCCUAAUGUUCAUGAGCCUCUCGCGUCGAUCUCCGCUCUGGAAGGGGAACAAGCGGGAAUCGGUGAGGAUGAUAGAGUCGAGAAGGAGUCGCAGGGUCAUAGCGACUCCACCGUGUCAAUGGUAGGGAGCCAUUCCGGCGUCGAUCUGAAAGACUCGAUCGUGGUCGUGAAGGAGAGGCGGCUUGGCCAUGGAUACCCUGAUGAAUGAGUUGUCUUCUGUACGUUGCGUGGCGGCGUCUCUGCCUAGAUCAUCAGGGUUGGUGAUUCGUGAUGAUAACAUCGUUACUUGCAUG